GGCCGGCCGGGCGGCCCCUCGCGCCCCGCGGGGCCCCGGAGCCCCGGUACGCGGGCUGGAAGCGACUGAGGACCGGCGCCGCGGGCUGCGGGCGAGCACCGUCCCUCCCGGAGGGGGACCCGGCUAUGACAGCUGGACUCCCGCAAGGGUUAACCUGGGUGUCCUCGGCAAAGUUGUCGCCGAGCCGGGAGCCGGCGUAGGGGCCGCGGCGGCGCGGCUCGGGGGGCGGCCGGGCGGCCGGCGGCGGUCGUGGCUCGGCGGGGCCCGCGCGGCCGGGGGGCUUCUGGGGGCGUGCGCCCCCAGCCGGCUGCCCUCGUGGAUGCCUCCCGGCGGCGGCGGGCCCAUGAAAGACUGCGAGUACAGUCAGAUCAGCACCCACAGCUCCUCCCCCAUGGAGUCGCCCCACAAGAAGAAGAAAAUCGCGGCCCGGAGGAAAUGGGAGGUUUUCCCGGGAAGAAACAAGUUCUUCUGCAACGGCAGGAUCAUGAUGGCCCGGCAGACGGGCGUCUUCUACUUGACUCUCAUCCUCAUCCUGGUCACUAGCGGACUCUUCUUCGCCUUCGACUGUCCGUACCUAGCAGUGAAAAUCACCCCCGCCAUCCCCGUGGUUGGUGGCAUCCUCUUCUUCUUUGUGAUGGGGACCCUGCUGCGCACCAGCUUCAGUGACCCGGGAGUCCUUCCGAGAGCCACGCCCGAUGAAGCCGCCGACCUGGAGAGACAAAUAGAUAUCGCAAACGGCACCAGUUCAGGGGGGUACCGCCCACCUCCCAGAACCAAAGAAGUCAUCAUCAAUGGCCAGACUGUGAAACUUAAGUACUGUUUCACCUGCAAGAUUUUCCGGCCCCCUCGUGCCUCUCACUGUAGCCUUUGCGAUAACUGCGUAGGUGGCCCCACUGCCAGCACGCUCACGCCCCUCCUUAGUCCAGCUCCUUACAGUUUACACAGUGACACCAAGAAGAGUGCUGAGCUUCGUGGUGAGCAGGAACGGUUUGAUCACCACUGUCCCUGGGUAGGCAACUGUGUGGGGAAAAGAAACUACAGAUUUUUUUAUAUGUUUAUUUUAUCUCUGUCUUUUCUGACAGUCUUUAUAUUUGCAUUCGUUAUCACCCACGUCAUUCUUCGUUCACAACAGACAGGAUUCCUAAACGCACUUAAGGACAGUCCUGCAAGCGUGCUGGAGGCCGUGGUGUGCUUCUUCUCCGUCUGGUCUAUCGUCGGCCUCUCAGGUUUCCACACGUACCUGAUCAGCUCCAACCAGACGACGAAUGAAGACAUUAAAGGAUCUUGGUCAAAUAAAAGAGGCAAAGAAAAUUACAAUCCCUACAGCUACGGGAAUAUCUUCACAAAUUGCUGUGUUGCCCUGUGUGGGCCCAUCUCUCCAAGCCUCAUUGACAGAAGAGGGUACAUCCAGCCUGACACGCCACAGCCAGCCGCACCCUCGGACGGGAUUGCCGCGUACGGGGCCACGCAGUCCCAGAGCGACAUGGAGUGUGCCAGGGACUGCAGGCUUCCCAGGCACUCGGAGGCUGAAUUGAGCCUGAAUGUCCUGGUCCUCAGAAGGACGUUGGAUGGAGCAGCAGGGCAGCCGAUAGCCUGCAUCUGAAAGGGCAGAAUGACAUCGCAUUCUGGGCAUGGGGAUAAUCGGCCCAGUGUUUGUGCUGUGCCCACUUGAAAAAGUGCCCAUUCCAGCUUGCACAGGUAAUUAUUUCAGCCUGGGAGGAUGAUGCCAUAACCCCACCCUGCGCCAGCAAAAUGCCAAAUACCUGUUCUGGCCCAGAAUAGCACAGAGCAAGAGUCCUUCGCUCAGCGCCACCCCCUCCAAGGGCACCGCAGGUCCCCCCUAUUGUGUUUAGGAUUAUUGACUGGGAUUCCAAACGAGAGGCGAACCCCAUUUUAUGAGCCAUGCUUCUACUGGACCUGAAUGGGUUUUCAAAAGCCGCCCCUAGCUUUUGACUGCCCUGGGCCUGGGCCUUCUCGUUGGAUUCAACAGCAAGGAUAUGAAUUUGCCUAAACUGACAGGAAGUGUCCUUGGCACCGGAGCCUGUAAAAACAUCUCUGGGGAAAUGCUGGACCUUGAGCCAUUCGGGGACCAUCAUCAGUGGGUACGGAGGCUUCUGAAGGGCACAGCCUGAUGGGCUCCUCUGCGGGUCUCAGAGCCUCCUUGCUCCCCAAGGAGGGGAGCUGUAACUCAGAUGCCCCCUUCCUGAGCUCUGCCCACAAUCAUCCUCUUCACCAGAAACCCAGUGCUUUUCCACCUUGGCUUGUGGUUUUGAGUUAGCUAGACAGUAUCAGGAAUUCACAUUCGUUGCUUAAGGAAAGUUUCCAAAGUUAGUUGUCUUUCAUUCAACCACAUGACUACUGCCUUACCUGUUUAGUUUUUGAUCGUGUAAGAAAAGAGAAUAAAGGGAAGAAAUGUCAAAUAUACUCUUUUGAUUAAUGCCUUAAACCGUUUUGAAGCUGAGCCUAAAUCAAAUCGAUGUUUACAUUUUUUAUAAAGUACCUGUAAGCUGUGGGAGUCGAGCAUAUUCCUGUCCAAAUGAGAGAGCCUUUCAAAUGAAUUCUUAUUCCCCUGGUCCCCUCCACCUGUCCCGGAGCCCUGGUACGGCCUUGUAUGCUGUUCUUCCUGUGGCUGCAUCAAAAACCACCCCAUCAUAAGAACAAAAUUUAAAAAAAAAACAAAAAACCACCCCAUCUGUUCCCUUGAAACGCACCCCCGUCUCUGUCUUCUAAGAAUAAGUUAUUGAAAUAUUAAAUAAGCUGAAACGUCAUUUUCUUUCAAAUAAAUGUCAAAGAUGCUACUGGCUUUUUGUAACUCAGUAAAUCCUCUGUCUAGUUGCCCACUGUACGGUGCUCACUCUACAGCCAAGAUGGAUUUUCAGAUGAGUGGUUAGUACAUUAAUCCAGCCAUUGAAAAUAAUUGGGAGGCUGAAGAUUAGAUUGUUUCUGGAGCAACUGAAUUUGCAGCUGCCACGAAACUAGAUAAGUGGCCUUAAUUGGAAUUAUGUUUUCAAUCUCAUAAACCCCAGGAAUGACAUACAGAAUGGGUUGGAAAACAGAUGGGCAUCUUGUGCAACAUGAAGACUUCUCUUCUAUCCGUUGUUGACUUUUUAAGAGACACUUGGUAUUGCUGAUGAAGACCUAAAUGAAUAACUCUCUAUCUGCCCUAGAUAUGUUAAGAUGGAUAGUUACACCAAGAAGCCAUAUGGCCUAUCCAAAGAGACAUGUUUUCUGGGUUCUACAUGAAUGGAGAUGGUUUUAGGCUGCAGUUAAAAAAAGGAAGGAAGGGAGGAAGGAAGGAAAGAAGAAAAGAAAGGAAAGAAAGAAAGAAGAAAGAAAAAAGAAAGAAAGAAAGAAAAAGAAAGAAAAAGAAAAAGAAAGAAAGAAAGAAAAGAAAGAAAGAAAGAAAGAAAGAAAAAGAAAGAAAGAAAGAAAGAAAGAAAGAAAGAAAGAAAGAAAGAAAGAAAGAAAGAAAGAAAGAAAGAAAAAGAAAGAAAGGAAGAUUAAAGCCUUGCUUACCAUUUGCCCAGGGUAUUCUGUUUUGGUAUUUCACACUAGUCAAACAUUUUGGGGUGAAAGGGUGGGGGGAAAAAGGUGUUUUAAAUUCUUAGUGGAUUCAAAGCCCUAAAUCUGAACAACAGUGAACACAAUAUAAUACAGGGCAUUGCAUGUUGUCCGAGAUACUUGCGCUUAUUUAAGUGCCUUUCAUGUUUUCAUCAAUGUUUGCAGAAUCUAUCUUAAACCUGAAAUGAAUUAAGAAAG